AUGCCCGAGCGGUCCGGCGGUCAGCAUGGCUAUGCAAAGUCCUUUGACCAAUUUGGGCCCAUCGGCCCGGUGAUUGUCUCGACGUCUGAGAUCCCCGACCCCCGUCUCGACCUGAAAACGACGGUGAAUGGAGAAGAACGUCAAAACUCCAACACGGGUGGCCUGCUGUCCACGAUACCGCAGAUCCUCGAGCAUCUGAGUCGCGGAACGACGCUGAGAGAGGGCACCGUCGUGAUGACGGGGACUCCGUCCGGGGUGGCGGCUUUCUCGAAACCACCCGCGUGGCUCAAGGACGGAGAUAUGGUCGAAAUCAAAAUCAGGCAGAUUGGAAAGAUCAGGGAUAAGACGGUCAUUGGAUGA